UGGCCACCUCCUUCUCCUCCAAUCACGGCCAGCUCGGCCCGGGCCACAGCUCCAACCCGCCCGCUGCGGCGCCAGCCCAGCCUCUUAGGAGCCUUCUCUUUGCAGCAUUGCUGUCACCCUUCCGAUCUCCAAUCAUUGGAAUCCGCGCCCCUCCCCUCUUCGGGCCCGCCCCGCCUCGCGCCACCCACUCUCGAGGCCCGCCCCGCGCCUGUCGCGCUCCAGCCGCGCGCUGCGUGUGCCCUCAUCCCGUGCGUGCGCGUGCGUGCGCGGAGGGCUGGUUCGGGCGUUCGGGAAUCUCGUCUCCUCGUGUUGUCUGCGCCUCCCCUCCUCCCCGAAGGUCGGUUUUCCUCGUUCUCCCGUGUCCUAGCGCGCCUCCUGGUCCUCUCGGGCCCCCUCCUUCAUCUGUCCCUCGCCACUUGCUCUCCGGCAAUGCUCUACGGGGGCUCAGCGCGCUUUCUAGCCCUAGCUUUCACCUCAGCGCUCCUGCUGCAUGGAGGAGCUGGGAAGAGUUUGGAAGAUGGACUGGAUGAAUCUAAAAGAACGGAGUUUGCAAAAGAUUUAAGAAUUGACCAGACUGGCUCCUUGUAUGCUCGAAUUGAACGAUUUAAACGUGGAGGUAGCAAGCCCAGUCAAGAUUCUAAGGCAGGUUUUGACUUGGGUGAUGCCUUAGGUCCCAGGACAAACACUAAACCCCCUCCAAAGAAAACAGGUUCUGAAUUUUCUGACUUGGAUUUAAGUGAUGCCUUAGAUGAUAGAAAUAACAGAUUCGAUGGUGGUAGAGGCAGAUCCGAUCCAAAACCCGGUGAAGGUUUUGACUUGGGUGAUGCCUUAGGUCCCAGGACAAACACUAAAAACACCGCAAAGAAAACAGGUUCUGAAUUUUCUGACUUGGAUUUAAGUGAUGCCUUAGAUGAUAGAAAUGACAGAUUCGAUGGUGGUAGAGGCAGAUCCGAUCCAAAACCCGGUGAAGGUCUAACAGAUAAGGAUCUAGAAGAUAUUAUAGAGGGUGGCUACAAACCUGAUAAGGGCAAAGGUGAUGGCAGGUAUGAUAGCAAUGAUGACCCUGGAACUGGAACAUUAACAGAAACCGGGACAAUUGCCAGCAUAGCCAGUGCCCUUGCAAUGGCACUCAUUGGAGCAGUCUCCAGUUAUAUUUCCUAUCAACAAAAGAAAUUUUGCUUUAACAUUCAACAGGGUGUCAAUACUGAUUACGUGAAAGGACAAAGCUUGGAAGGUGUGAGCACUGAAGAACCUCAAGUUAAAUAUUCAGCUCUGCAACCCCAAUCUGCCGAGAAACCUUCCCAAGAGACUGCAAAGAUUUAAGUCCACAGCAACAAGUCCCUAUUUCAGAUGCUUGUAUUUGUGCUUAUCUAAUUUGAAUUGCAAGUUGUUCUCCAGCUCCUUGGAACAACUGGCUUCUAAUUGACCUGAGUUGUUUUGUUGGGGGUGGGGUGGGGGGGAAAAGAGUAUAAUUUACUGUGAGAUAACUGGCCCAGCCCCUCCUGGAAUAGAAGCCUGUAAGAGGAAGGUGAUGAAAACCCACAAGAUUUAUUCCAGCUCCUAGGGCCUACUGUUCUCUUGUAUUCAGACAGCAAUUUUCCAAAGGAAGCCCUUGAGUCUCUCAUGUAGUUGGAAAACUGAAAUAAGGCAAAAUAGGAGCUAGCAGGGGAAAAAGCAACUAAGCAUGAUGAUAGACUGCAUUACUGAGUAGAGUUAGAAAAAAUCCAUGUUGUACUACUCUAUUUGAGGAUAUCCAAACCUGAGCAUCUCUCCCCCUCAAUUCUAAGGUGGUCCGUGCAUGUGCAAUCUGCUGCAUCCCCCUGUGGGAAAUGCAGUUACCAUAGAUGUAGUAAUUUUAUUUAUUUACUUGGACUUGUGUGUUUGACUGAAAACACCAGGGUUUGAGCCUCUCGGGCUUUGUUUUAUUUGACAGCAAGAAGAGAUCGUCUUCGUUCUGUAGUCCUGUGAAACCGUACCAGCAGAGCUUUCUUGGCCAUCACUUAGAAAACAUUAGUGUAAUACUGGAGUUAAUCAAUCCUAGGCCCUAAUUGCAUGUCCAAAGGGCAGGAUGCAAAAAUCUUUUCUAUGUGUUUGUCAAGUUUGGUGCUAGCACUGGUUAAAGACUGGGAUUCUAGUCUAACCCUAACCCUAAAUGCUUGUGGCAAGGGACAUUGGUUCCUUUUCUAUCGAAUCAGAGAUUUGAACCAAUCACUAAGGGUUCUUUGCCACUCAAAAUGUGCGAUCUACUCAGAAUAAGAACCAGAUAGCUUAAAAUUGAACCAUCCAGAGUUCUUUUAGAAGAUAAAUAUUUCAUAGCCCAAAUAGAACCCUAUUUGCAUGAAACGCCUCCAUUCUAUUUGAGCAGAACUUACCUGAAUUAGCAUCUCCUCAAUUUCCAGACAAGUCUGCUUUCCUGUAAACAUUUUUCAACUAGUCUAACCAUAUUACUCACAGAAGAAAUGUCUUGUGAAACUUUUUGGAAGUACUUUCUUAGCUUUAAAGCUGUGUUAAAGAACUCAAUGUUAAUUAAAAAAAAACUUUCCUUCAAA